GAUGCAGGAAUUGAAAAUUGGCAAGGAAAGCAGAUGCACAGCCACAGAUACCGUAGUCCAGAGCCAUUUCGAGAUCAGGUCGUUGUUGUUGUAGGAUUAGGCGCCAGCGGAGUCGACAUUGCCAGGGAGAUCUCGCAUGUGGCCAAGGAAGUGCCGAGACACGACGAGCACAGGCUGGGAAAGAUCAAUCUCGAGCCUUUUCCUCGUCUCCCUUCAAUUAAGUCUGAAGCCAGCACGAAAUAUCGAUCUUAAGAGCAGGUGAAUUGCAUCCAAGAUUUGCCGCAAAAAAAGAAAUGCAUCCAAGAUGACGGCCAAGUGUGGUUCGGUGAAGGUACAACAGUAGCAGCCCAUACCAUCCUCUCCUGCACAUGGUACCGCUACCAUUUCCCGUUCCUGGACCACCUGGACGGGCUCGCCGUCGAGGCGUCGGCCCUCUGUACACUGUACAGGCACGUCUUCCCUCCGAAAUACGCGGCCGGUCUCCCCUUCGUCGGGCUACCGUCAAAGACCAUCAUCUUCCAGACGCUGGAGCUGGUGAAACCAAGGUGCGGGAGGGAAAGAGAGGUGAUGGGGGUUGGGCAGGGAUUGUUGACAGCAGUAGUAGCAGCAGCUGCUGCUGCUCCAUGCGAGAUCCCGUAG